AUGCCUCCAAAAAUUAUAGUUUGGCGUUUCUUUGAGAAAGCGAGUGAAGGCAAUGCGAUCUGCAAACUUUGCAAAAAAAUUCUUAAAACGGCGGGUAACACGUCGAAUUUAAUGUGCCAUAUUAGAAAUGUGCACAAGGAUACAUAUCAUGCUAUAACUAAAAACCAAAAUAGUGAGAAGAAAACUGUUGAAAAAGAAGUUUUAGGCGAUUCACAAAAAAUGACUGAAACCGCAGCGAAGUCAGUCCGAACUCCAAAAUCGCCAUCGACAGGUGCAUCAUCGGGUACACCAUUUUAUUCGCCGUCUUCACGACCUCAGUCAACGGAUGUACAUUCGCAGCCAUCUAUUGUUUCCAGUUUUGAUAAUGCCAACGCUUUCUCUUCAAGUGGAGAAAAAACUUUACGAGUAAAUGAAGCUCUUAUGUACAUAAUUUGCAAAGACUACCAACAAUUUUCUAUCGUCGAAAACGAGGGAUUUCGUCACCUACAGAAGAUAGUCGCACCGCGCUAUAAAAUUCCAUGUAGAUCAACAUUAACAAAGUGGGUCGAUGCCAAAUAUGAUGAGUUGGCUUUCAUUUUUCGCGAUAAAAUAGCUUUUGUUGAAAAUGCGACGCUUGAUGUGAAGAGUUUUCUAGGAAUCACGGCGCAUUUUGGUGUUGAUGUGCAGUUCCAUUCAGUGACACUAGAAGUGUAUGAGUUAGAUGAGCGGCACACAUCUGAAUAUAUUGCCGAAAAGCUUCUAAAAGCGUGUGUAGAGUGGAAAGUGGAAACCGAUAAGGUGUCAGCUGUAAUAAUUGACAACGCGGCAAGCAUGGUGAAGGCUAUAGAUCUUGCAUUUGGAAAGAAAAAGCACGUACCCUGUUUUGCCCAUACCUUGAAUCUAGUGGCUGAAUCCGCGAUUCAAUAUACGUCAGCAAACAUCAUAGUUAAAAAAAUUAAAGAGAGUCACCUACUUCAAACAGAGCUGCACUGCUAG